AUGAACCAACAACACGAAGCCGCCGAACGUCAUCAGCGACGGCAACAAGAAGCCGCCGAAAGACAUCAACGGCAGCUUCUGGAUGCAGCUAACCAACAACACGAAGCCGCCGUACGACAACAACAACUUGUCCAGCUGCUUCAAGAGCAACAAGAACAGUGGGAACGUUCGGAAACCAGUCUACAUGACCUGCUCCGGACCACUGUGGAGAUCCUUCAAUCCGUACAUCAAAUUAGCGGCUCUGGAGAGCAGGCUGUUUCUCUUCGAGUCCUAGUAGUCGCUACUCUUCUGCCUUCCCAGUUCCCUCUCCUGCUGUUCAGGGAGUUCAACAUCCAGGAUGAUUUCAGGAUGUUCACGACUCAAAAUCUGUGCCUUUUAUUGGGAAAAUAG